UUAAAAAUGCAAGUCAGAAAUAUUCAGAACAUAGCACCGAGUCUAACUGACAAGAGUAUAAAGAUAUACUAUGAACACGUUAUGAUGAAACCUACCAAAAUUCAAGAAAGUCAGUAUACUUAUGAAUAUCCAAGACACUGGGUAGAGUAUGUAGGAGGUGAGAAAGCUAUUGAAAUAAGACAAGUUAGAAGUAUUCCAGCAGGAAGAACAAUAUUAUUGAAGAACUUUAAUGUUUUGAGGUAUAAUGAUGAAACAAAGAAGCAAGAUAGUUUUCCUGUUGCUGUGUAUGUGAACCUAGACACAGGAGAUGACAUGAAAGUUUUUAACACAAAGCUUCAAACGGUAGUGAGAGAACAACUGACUGCGGAAGGACAUCCAUUACCUUCAGAAGUUACCAUAGUAUAUAAUUUUGAAACAAAUGCAAUAGAUUUUAAAGUCGUCUCUGCAAAGAAGUCAGGAUUUACAUUUAAUGAAGCAGAUGUAUAUUCGAAUGAAAACUUCAAAGCUAUUGCAUGGUUAGAUAAUGACGAUUGCUUUAAGAAAAUAUUUAAAUUCAGUGACUCAAAGAUGUCAAUAGAUGACCUUCGUGGAAUGUUACCAUCGACGUUUACAGUAGAAGGUUCAGCAGGAUUGCUUACAAGAUUGUCAAUUGGUGGUAUUUGGUCUCGUGAGAACAUUGUUAUAAAAUCCAGUAUAAGUGAAUUUGCUGAAGAAUCUAUAUUAUGUCUUUCAAACUACAUGUAUUCGCCGCCGAAGCAUUAUAGUAUAACAAACUUUGUCAGUAAGUUUAACAUAAGACUUGUCGAACCUUCUUCAAUGAAAGAUGUUGUGCUACCUAAAGAUGGAAAGGAUGGACUCAUUAUUGAGAUGAUUUUAAUAGCAUAUUAA